AUGUUCAGAGUCUAUGGUGGUGUUUAUGUUGGUGAUGGACAAUGGUAUAGAUGCAGAAUCCUUGAAUUUUUGAAUCCAGAUGAGGUGAAAGUUCUCUUCAUAGACUUUGGCAACACUGAGGUCCUUCGCCAAAGCCAAAUUGUGCAGCUCUCAAGCGAGCUGUACAACUACAGUGCCUAUGCAAUAAAGCUCAAACUGAGAGGCAUUGAAGAUAUCUCAGAUACAACUUCUCCAAAAURUAAUAAGGGAACAGAGUUGCUGAACACAAUGUUAACUGACAAGCUCCUGACAGUAAAAAACCCACUUUCUCUUAAUGAUAAAAUAGGUACCUAUCUUGUUGAUAUUUCAUAUGAACAAAAUGGWCAACAAGUAGAUGUAAACAAAACGAUGAGUGACCAUGGGUUUUGUGCYCAAGCUUUAACUCCAAAAGUCAGUACACCAACACGUGCACAACAGACUUCAACAAAGGCCGAACAAAAUGGGGAUGUUUUUUAUUCUAUGAAGAGUCCUAUUGAUGUUAAUGAGAGAAAUCUACAUGUAAAGAAAAUCCAGGAAYUGGAAGACCAGGCAAAAAAUCAAUCGAGAACUAUUGAAACUUUGACACAACUAUGUAAACAGCAUGAACGAAGCAAAAAAGCUGAACUUGAGUAYGCAAAAAACCAGCUGAAUGAGCAUUUAAAUAAUGCUGUCUCCAAAAAGGUUUUGCAAUUGCUCAAAUGUACAUCGCAAAUCAGAAAACAAAGAAAGGAAACAUCAUUGAGUGGAAACAGUGCGCUGCAAGUUGUACUGGAGGCAAAAAACAUGUUGCAAGGAAACAAUGUAAAUCUAGAAAAUAUGGAAGAGUUGGCAAAGGUGAGAGAAGCUGAAAGUCAGUUACAGAAGCUUCAAGUWAGCAUUAAAGAAUGCACAGAUAAGGGCCUUCUUGAUGAUCUCAUAUCAAGGAGAGACCAAGCAAGAGGUGACCUUAAUGAUGGCAUCAGCUUAUUUCUAAAACAUGUGGCCAACAUGGGCUUGGAUCGGUAUAGAGCUAAGUUGGAGGUACUUGCUGAUGGUGUUGUUGCUAUUGCUGUAAUUGCUGAUGGUGGUGUUGUUGCUAUUGCUGUAGUUGCUGAUGGUGUUGUCGUUGCUAUUGCUGUAGUUGCUGAUGUUGCUAUUGUUGUAGUUGCUGAUGGUGUUGUUGCUAUUGCUGUAGUUGCUGUUGCUAUUGCUGUAGUUGCUGAUGCUGUUGUUGCUAUUGCUGUAGUUGCUGAUGGUGUUGUUGUUGCUAUUGCUGUAGUUGCUGAUGGUGUUGUUGCUAUUGCUGUAGUUGCUGAUGGUGGUGGUGUUGGUAUUGCUGUUGUAUUCGUAGUAGUUAUUGCUACUACAACUACUGUUGUUUUUGUUGAUAUUUUGGUUCAUUCAUCUCUUUCAUUCUUCUUACAGUCAAAGAAAGAUAAUAGCCUUAAAGAGAUGCAUGAUUUAGUUAACAAGAAAUGUGAGACACUAAGUGAUGUUUAUAAGCAUGUAAUUAAGUGUUUGGAUCUAGAAGAAGAUAUUGUUGAUGAAACCGAAAAYUCCAGCGUCAAGGAUUUAGACAACAUAAUGGUUUUACUGGAAGCCUUGAUGCAAGAAGAAACUGCUAAAAGCAAGUGCUCGGAUACUGAGGUCAAGUUAAGAGAUAACGCCAUUUUGUCAAGUCUCUUUGAAAUCACAAAACAACUUGAUGCAAUAACUGAGUUGAGUGAUAACCUUCUUACACACUAUGCUAUGGUGCAAGAUAAACUUAGUACCUGUAAGGACAGAAAGCCAGACAUUACCCCUGCUGUGUCCACUAAGAAAAAAAUCCGAGGCCUUAAGUCCACCCUCGGACGUAAACUAAUCGAUAAAGAGGACAUGGAGUGGUAA